AUGAAUAGUAUCGACAGACGAAGAAAUUUGGGUCCUGCAAAUGCACAAAGUUUAAAUUUUGACGCAGAGGACAUCGUCCAAGAUGACAGUUCUAAUGCUGAUACAAAUGUGAUUAAUGAAACUCCAAAGAUAUUUAUAAAGAGUGGAACAGUACAUUCAGCGAAUGGAUCAUCAUAUAUUGAAUCGGACGGAACUAUAAUAUCAGCAAUGGUAUAUGGGCCAAGGCCAAAUUUCAAUAAAGGUUUUAAUGCUCAGGCCAGUGUGAGAGUUACCUUGAACACAAAGAACUUUGUCAAUUUAGAAGAGAUCAAAACUGGAACUGAAGAUAGUGUAUCAGAUUUGUCCGAACGUCAAAUAAUUAGUACAAUACAAUCUACGCUUACAGACAGCUGUUUAAAGCUAGUUUUAUUGAAGAAUUAUCCAAAAUCGGCUAUUGAGAUUUUUGUCGAUAUUUUAAUGCUAAAUGAGUCGCACUCAUUGACCCUCCUCCUUUCGAUAAUACAAAAUGCAACGAAUAUUGCCUUGUUAAAUUCUGGAUUAAAUCUAAGAUCUGUCCCUGCUUGUGGCUAUAUUUACGAUGAGGGAAACGAACUUUCGAUUAACUGUUGUCAUGGAUUUUAUUACGAUACUGAUAAUGAUGAGCAAGGAGAAGAAAUUUUGUGUUUAUAUUCUGGUUCUAUCAAGAAUCCAAUUUGUUUCGGCAAGAGCGUUCAGAAGUGUAUGUUGCAGGCUAAAGAAGUUCGGCAAGAAAUGAAUAGAUUUUUGCUUUCGCAAUAA